AACCCACUCUCGCCAAUGUCCAUCUCUCUCCUCAUAAAUUUCUCACAACAAAACUCUGUUCCUUUCUCUCUCUCACUCUGUUUCAUUUGCAUUUACUCUGCUCUGCCUUCUUACUCUUCCACUUCCCUUCUUCUGGGUUUCUUUCAGAAAUGAAGCUCAUCCCCUUCCUUCCAUGGCUGAACCUCCACAUGGCCUUCUUCUUCUUCUUCUUCUUCCUUGCUUCUUCUUCACUUCUUCAUUCAUCCCCUGUUUCUUCACUUCCCCACAAUGAAGGACGAGCACUUAUGUCAAUCAAGGCCUCGUUUAGCAAUGUAGCUAAUGUGUUGCUUGACUGGGAUGAUGAUCAUAACCACGAUUUCUGUUCAUGGCGUGGAGUUUUCUGCGACAAUGUUAGCCUUUCAGUUGCUGCUUUGAACUUGUCCAACUUGAAUCUGGGUGGGGAGAUUUCACCAUCCAUUGGAGAUUUGAGAAACUUACAGUCAAUUGACUUUCAAGGGAAUAAACUGACUGGCCAAAUCCCUGAUGAGAUUGGUAACUGUGGUCUUCUUGUCCAUCUGGACUUGUCUGAUAAUUUGCUCUAUGGAGACAUCCCCUUCACGGUUUCUAAGCUAAAGCAGCUCGAGUUUUUGAAUUUGAAGAACAAUCAGUUGACCGGUCCGAUCCCUUCGACCUUAACCCAGAUUCCCAAUCUAAAAACUCUUGAUCUUGCAAGAAACCAGCUUACUGGGGAGAUACCGAGAUUAAUCUAUUGGAAUGAAGUACUGCAAUAUCUUGGAUUACGGGGGAACUUUUUGACAGGGUCGUUGUCCUCCGAUAUGUGUCAAUUGACUGGCUUGUGGUAUUUUGAUGUAAGGGGAAACAAUCUGACCGGCACGAUACCUGAUAGCAUAGGAAACUGUACUAGUUUUGAAAUUCUGGAUAUAUCCUACAAUCAGAUCUCUGGAGAGAUUCCAUACAACAUUGGAUUUCUACAAGUGGCCACUUUAUCAUUACAGGGAAAUAGGUUGACUGGUAAGAUUCCUGAUGUCAUUGGAUUGAUGCAGGCCCUUGCCGUUCUGGAUUUGAGUGAGAAUGAGCUUGAAGGGCCAAUACCGCCAAUACUUGGGAACUUGUCCUACACAGGAAAAUUGUAUCUACAUGGAAACAAGUUGACUGGGCCAAUUCCUCCUGAGCUGGGCAAUAUGUCAAAGCUUAGUUACUUGCAACUAAAUGAUAAUCAAUUGGUCGGCACAAUUCCUUCUGAACUUGGGAAAUUGGAUCAGUUGUUUGAAUUAAAUCUUGCUAAUAAUUAUCUUGAAGGACCCAUCCCUCACAACAUCAGCUCUUGCACUGCAUUGAAUCAAUUCAAUGUGCAUGGAAACAAUCUUAAUGGAUCAAUCCCUUUGGGUUUCCAAGAUCUGGAGAGCUUGACCUAUUUGAACCUUUCUGCAAACAACUUCAAAGGCAGGAUUCCCAUUGAGCUGGGACGCAUAGUAAACCUCGAUACAUUGGAUCUAUCUUGCAAUUACUUCUUGGGUCCCGUUCCUGCUUCAAUUGGUGAUUUGGAACAUCUUCUUAGCCUCAAUUUGAGCAACAACCAACUUGUUGGGCCAUUGCCAGCAGAAUUUGGGAAUCUCCGAAGUGUUCAGACUAUUGAUAUGUCAUUCAACAACUUUUCCGGUAGCAUACCCAUGGAGUUGGGUCAACUGCAAAAUAUUAUCUCCCUAAUCUUGAACAACAACCAUCUUCAAGGGAAGAUACCUGAUCAGCUGACUAAUUGUUUUAGUCUUGCCAAUUUGAACUUGUCAUACAACAACUUAUCUGGUAUCUUACCUCCCAUGAAAAAUUUCUCUCGAUUCGAACCAAAUAGCUUUAUCGGGAAUCCACUGCUGUGUGGAAACUGGUUGGGAUCGAUCUGUGGGCCUUAUAUGGAAAAAUCUCGAGCAAUGUUGUCUCGGACAGUGGUUGUUUGUAUGACAUUUGGAUUCAUAAUAUUGUUGUCGAUGGUUAUAAUAGCCGUGUACAAGUCGAAUCCAUCAAAGCAAUUGGUUAAGGGUUCAAGCAAGACCGGCCAAGGUCCUCCAAAUCUUGUGGUACUUCAUAUGGAUAUGGCUAUUCACACCUUCGAGGACAUUAUGAGAAUGACUGAGAAUCUAAGCGAGAAGUACAUUAUUGGUUAUGGAGCUUCUAGCACUGUGUACAAAUGUUUACUGAAAAAUUCCCGACCUAUUGCAAUUAAGCGACUUUACAAUCACUACGCACACAAUUCACGGGAGUUUGAGACUGAACUCGAAACUGUUGGUCGUAUCAGACAUAGAAAUCUUGUUAGCCUUCAUGGUUAUUCAUUAUCACCCUGUGGGAAUCUCCUCUUCUAUGACUACAUGGAAAAUGGUUCACUUUGGGAUCUGCUUCAUGGGACAGGUAAGAAGGUUAAGCUGGAUUGGGAAGCACGUCUGAAGAUUGCGGUUGGAGCUGCGCAAGGGCUUGCAUAUCUUCACCAUGAUUGUAAUCCCCGAAUCAUUCACCGGGAUGUCAAGUCUUCAAAUAUUUUACUGGAUGAAAAUUUUGAGGCCCAUCUUUCUGAUUUUGGGAUUGCCAAAUGUAUCCCAACUGCCAAAACAUAUGCAUCGACUUAUGUGCUUGGGACAAUUGGCUACAUUGAUCCAGAGUAUGCCCGAACCUCCCGGCUUAACGAGAAGUCCGAUGUUUAUAGCUUUGGCAUUGUUCUUCUGGAACUACUGACUGGGAAGAAAGCUGUGGAUGAUGAGUCCAAUUUACAUCAGCUGAUAUUGUCCAAAACUGAUAACAAUACUGUGAUGGAAGCUGUCGAUCCUGAGGUUUCAGUCACCUGCAUCGAUUUAGCCCAUGUUCGAAAAACGUUCCUGCUUGCUCUCCUCUGCACAAAACACAAUCCCUCCGAACGUCCAACCAUGCAUGAAGUUGCACGAGUAUUGAUCUCCCUUCAGCCACCACCACCUACUAUGAAACAAACUUCAUUCCCAACGAAAACGUUGGAUUAUGCACAAUUUGUGAUUGAAAAGGGUCAGAAUCGAAACUUGAAAGGGCAGGAGGAGCAGCAUAAGUCAGAUGUGAAUACUUCGGAUGCUCGGUGGUUUGUUCGGUUUGGGGAAGUUAUAUCUGAACAACACAGUUUGAAUCAAUAACAGAUUAACCAUGCUCUUACAAAUGCAUACAGAAAGAAAGGGGGUUAUUAUGUGGUGGUAGGAAGGGGAUAGCAAAGACAGAAUGUGUAGUUUUUGUAGUUUGUUUUGUUUUCCAAAGCUGCAGUUUAGUUAUAUUUAGAUACUAAGCUUUUCUUUGUGCAGCUGUGAAAUGGUUUUGUGUAUUCAGCAGUAUAAUAUCAGAAAUAUGAAAUAUUUGUAUGAACAAAAUGAACUCCAUACACUUCAUGCAUUACAUUAUUUCCAAUUCGUA